AUGAAUAAAGUUUCAGAUUCUAAAACAUCUGAAGGAAGAUAGGCUGUGAUUGUGCAUGCUUCAAACGUGGAAGGUGGAUGUCAUGUAAAAGAGGUCUUCUUACUUUAAAUUAAAACAAGUAGAAUAGCUCUUACUAUUUUGCUUUCUAUUUUGACUGGGUUCUUAUUCGCUCUUUUUCUAAGAUGGUCGUUUAAAUUAAGAAAGAAUUUCCUCUAUGAAAAGGUUUAUCAAAUGAGAGAUGCUACUCAUUUCUUAGUCUGCAACGAAGAUGGCACUGAGCUUAUUGAAAAUAAAGUAGAAUUUAAGCUGAGAAAUUGGAAGAAUAAUUAAGUAGAAGUAUAAAUUGGAUUUAAAAGUCGUAAAUUAGACUAUAUCUAUCACAAUCAAAAAGAAAAAAAGCAAUAAGAAGAAAGCAAAAUUAAAGACGAAGAAAAUAUAAUAUAAAAUAGUUAAUAUGAUAACUCAAUCCCUUACUUCAAAGCUGUUGAGUAUCCAAUAUGUGAAAUUCCUCUAUCAUAAAUGAGUGAAAAACAAUACCUCAGUGAAAGUUAGGUUAGCGAAUUUAGAAAAGAAUAUGGUUCCUGUGAAAAGAAAAUAGAAAUUCCCUCAAUUUUUGAAUUUUUAAUCUAAGAAAUGACAUCUCCUUUUUAUUUUCUUCAAUACGCAAGCGUUGUCGUUUGGUUUAUGCAAAAUUAUAUUCAAUUCUCUGUUAUUAUCAUUUCUGUUUAGUUUUCAAUCACAAUUUUUAACUACAUCAUGACUCGUGUUUCUCUCCUCAAGAUCAAAAAAAUGGCUCUACUAGACCACUAAGUGAGAGUAUUUAGAGAAGGUAGUACAGAAUAAGGCUAAUUAAUUGAUAGCAAAUAUCUAGUAACAGGCGACAUAAUAGAACUAGAAGAGAAGAUGACAAUUCCUUGCGACUGCCUCCUAAUUCAAGGAGAAUUGCUUAUGAAUGAAGUUUCUCUAACAGGAGAAUCUAUUCCAAUUCCUAAAGUCUCCAUAGCCUCAAAUGAAAAUUUACCUUUCAAUUACGACUCUGUUGAUCAUAAGAAACACUAUCUCUUUGAUGGUACUGUUAUCUUUUAAACAAAAUCUUCUUAGUCUUCUAAGAUACUUGCUAAAGUUGUUAGAGUUGGAUUUACUUCAUUCAAAGGAUAAAUUUUAAGAUCCAUUCUAUAUCCUCGCCCAACUGAGUUCGAUUUUGUAAAAAACUCCCUACUCUUUUUCAUAGGUUUUGCUGUUCUCCAAUUCGCUAUAUAUUUAGCUAGAGUUCCUAAGAUGUAUGAUAUAGAGAUUUCAGUAAUCACAUAUUUCUACAGAUUAUUUGACACUCUAACAUGGACCCUUCCUCCAUUUUUACCUAUAUUCCAAUCACUAAGUUUAUCAUUCGCCUUAAUGAGAUUAAGGGUACAUAACAUAUUUGGAAUCGAACCAUAAAAAACUAUGAUUGCUGGUAAAAUAACUUAUAUGUGCUUUGACAAAACAGGAACCUUAACUACAAAUGGCAUUGAAGUAAAUGGCUACUUUGAUGAAAACUUAGGCAAAAUGAUUACUCUUGACGAUUUAAAACAACAAUCUUUAGAAUCUAUUGCAAAAAGCAUUCAUUUUAAACUUUUUGCUACAUGCCAUGGAGCAUAUUUGAUGAACGGAUAACUAGUGGGAGAUAUGCUUGAUAUUGAAAUGAUGAAAUAUUCUCAGUUUAAGUUAGAAAAUUCAUCUGAUAUUUCUAUUAAAUUCAAAGCAGGAUUUUAAGAUACCAAAUUAGAAGUUUUGCAAAUGUUUGAAUUUGACUCUUCUUUGCAACGUAUGUCAACAAUAGUUAGAGAUUAAGGUAAGAAAUAUGCUUUCCUUAAGGGAGCUCCUGAAAUGGUUAAAGAAUUGUGCAUACCAUCAACUAUCCCAUCCAAUUUUACUGAAAAAUUGAAUGUUCUCUCUCUGAAAGGCUUUCGUAUUUUAGGUUUAUCCUACCGCGAACUUAAUGAAAAUGAGAAUCCCUAAGCAAUGCAACGUUAAGAUUUAGAGAAAAAUUUGAACUUCUUAGGGUUUUUGGUUUUGGAAAACAAACUGAAACCAGACACAGCUGAUUGUAUUUAGAGAUUAAAAGAAGGUGGAAUUGAAUGCAAAAUUAUUUCUGGCGAUAAUCCUCUUACUACUCUCUAAACUGGCUCUGAAUGUAAUAUCCUUGAUGAGAAUAAUAAAGUUUAUUUUAUAGAUGCUGCCCCAUGUUCUAACGCUUUAAGAAGCAAGCUUGUUGUUUAGAAAGUAGAAAACGAACACAUUGAGAUGGUUAAUAAUUCUGAUGAAUAAGAGCGUUCAUUUGAAAUCUUAGACUAGCUUAUAGCCAACAAUGAAUAAAUAGUAAUUACUGGUAAAGUUCUGGAUUACUUUGAAAAGACCUUUUAAAUGAUGACUGGAAGUGAAACAGAAAUCGAGCUUUGCCAUUACUCUCAUCUUUUCUCAAAUAAAAAUAAAAACACUAAACUGAAUACAGAGACAGAAACUCUAAAAUCUUUUAAUAGAACUUUAGAAGAGAAAUUAAUUCUUUAUUGCAAUCUGAUAGUAAACACUAGCAUUUUUGCUAGAAUGCGCCCUGAAUAAAAAAGAAGAAUUAUUGAAAUCCUGCAAUCGCAACAUCUCAGAGUAGGAAUGAUUGGGGAUGGUGCUAACGACUGUGAGGCUAUCAAGCAAGGUGAUAUUGGUAUUUCAUUUGCAGCAGCUGACGCUGCUUUGACUGCUCCUUUUUCUUCUAAUGAUGACUCAAUUAAGUGCGUUGAAACAAUUUUGUUAGAUGGAAGAGCUACUUUAACAAAUAACAUAGAAAUAUUCAGAGUAAUCAUUAUUUAAAAUAGCUUAAAGUUCAUGGGUUGCGUUGUUAUGAUGGAAGAAGCUUAAAACUUUGGCGAUUUCUAAUUUACUUAUUUAAGCUUCUUCUGUGGAAUGCCUUUGAUGGCUUUACUUGCAAUAAGCAGACCAAAUAAGAAAUUAAGUCCUCAUAUUCCUGAUGACAAAUUUUAUAAGCUGCCAAAUUAGAUAUCCAUUUAUUCUCAAAUUUUAAUUUACAGUAUUUCCCUAAUUAUUGGCUGCAUUGUCUUAAAAGCUUAACCAUGGCACACUCCAACUUAUACUUUAGAGGAAUUUUAGGGUGUUUUUAUAUUUAGAAAGGAAGGAGCACUAAAUUCAAUAGUAUUCCUUAUGAUUAAUCUAUUCUAUAUGUCAUCCGGCUUUAGCUAUUUUAUUUCUAGUCCAUUUAAACUGAAAAUCUAUAGAAAUUAUUUGCUAUCCAUUUAUUUAUUGGCUUACUCUAUCUAUGGAAUUAUAGUGAUUGCCAGACCUGAGCAUCAAAUUCCUGACUUCUUGAUAUAUAAACAGCUUCAUGAUAAGUAUGAUUUCAUGGGUUAUAUAUUGCUUAUAACUUUAGUAGCAUGCUCCUCAGCAAUUAUAAUAGAAGAUUUUAUUAUCAAAAAAUUUCUCAUUUUCAAAGAAUUCUCGAUAUAAAACUUUAUCCACUACACAAAAUUUAAAACCGCAGUCAAAUAAUGA